AUGUCCUCCAACGUCGGCCUCUCCACCCCCCGAGGCAGCGGCACCUCCGGCUACGUGCAACGCAACUUCGCAUUCAUGAAGCCGCGCAACGCUGGGUACGGCGCGCCCUACCCACCCAUCAGUGACGCGAACUCCUCCUCCGAUCACCCGUUAGACAAGCCCUUCAAGCAGCGACAACCCGACAAGCAGAUCCUGGAACAUGAUCGGCGGCGCGCAAUCGAAGUGAAGGUUAUGGAGGAGAGGGAGAGGUUGGAGGAGGAGAAUGAGAGGAUUGAGGAGGAGAGAUCCAAGCAGAAGAAGGGAUCUAAGAAUAAGAAGGAUGAGGAGGUGAAGAAGGAGGAGGGUGAGGAGGAUGAGGAUGAUGAGGGUGGUGAAGAGAAGGUGUUGACGGAGGAGGAGAUUGAUGAGAGGUGUGAGGCGUUGAGGAAGAGGUUGGUUAGGGAGAUGGAGGAGGAGGAAAAGGAGAGGGAACGUGGUGGGAAUGGUGGUGGUGGUGGUGGUGGUGCAGGGAGACGCGGUCGUAGGGCGUGGGAUUUGUCGCCGAAGGAGAGACGCCAGUUUAAGAGUUAUCAGGUGCAUGAGCUGGCGGAGGCGAAGAUUGAGGAGAGUGAGAGGUUGAGGAGGGCGUUGGGGAUUAAGGAGGAGAAAUAG